CUUAUUUUUAGCGACAGCUCUCAAACCUACUUUGGGGUCUUAAAACGAAACCGUACACCAUUUCACUGUGGACAUUACACCCUCUUACAGAUAUGGGAGACAUGGGAGACCCACCAAAAAAAAAACGUCUGAUUUCCCUAUGUGUUGGUUGCGGCAAUCAAAUUCACGAUCAGUAUAUUCUGAGGGUUUCUCCGGAUUUGGAAUGGCAUGCGGCAUGUUUGAAGUGUGCAGAGUGUAAUCAAUAUUUGGACGAGACCUGUACGUGCUUUGUUAGGGAUGGCAAAACCUACUGUAAAAGAGAUUAUAUCAGGUUAUACGGCAUCAAGUGCGCCAAAUGCAGCAUCGGCUUCAGCAAGAAUGACUUCGUGAUGCGCGCCCGCGCCAAGGUGUACCACAUCGAGUGUUUUCGCUGCGUGGCCUGCAGCCGCCAGCUCAUCCCCGGCGAUGAAUUCGCGCUGCGGGAAGACGGCCUCUUCUGUCGGGCGGACCACGACGUGGUGGAGAGGGCCAGCCUGGGCGGCGGGGACCCUCUCAGCCCCCUGCAUCCCGCCCGGCCGCUGCAGAUGGCAGCAGAACCUAUCUCUGCCAGACAGCCAGCAUUGCGGCCCCACGUCCACAAGCAGCCCGAGAAGACCACCCGAGUCCGGACUGUCCUUAAUGAAAAACAGCUUCACACCUUGAGGACCUGCUACGCUGCCAACCCCAGACCUGACGCCCUCAUGAAAGAGCAACUGGUAGAAAUGACUGGCCUCAGCCCGAGGGUCAUCAGGGUUUGGUUUCAAAACAAACGAUGCAAGGACAAAAAAAGGAGCAUUAUGAUGAAGCAACUGCAGCAGCAGCAACCCAAUGACAAAACUAAUAUCCAAGGGAUGACAGGAACUCCAAUGGUGGCUGCUAGUCCGGAGAGACAUGACGGCGGUUUGCAGGCAAACCCCGUGGAGGUGCAGAGUUACCAGCCGCCCUGGAAAGUACUGAGUGACUUCGCGUUGCAGAGUGACAUAGACCAACCUGCUUUUCAGCAACUAGUUAAUUUUUCAGAAGGAGGACCUGGUUCCAAUUCCACUGGAAGCGAAGUAGCAUCAAUGUCCUCUCAGCUGCCAGAUACACCCAACAGCAUGGUAGCCAGUCCUAUUGAGGCAUGAGGAACAUUCAUUCAAAUAUCUGUUGUUGUUGUUUCUGCCCUUACCCUCACCCCUGUUGAAGAGAGUGGGAAAGUGAACAUGUUGAGACUUCGAAAUUUAGGGGGAAAGAAUAUUUAACAACCCUGUAACGAACCUAGCAAGGAACUGCUCCAUGAGAUGAACAGAGUCAUAUUUGAAAAGACAAGGUAAUAUGGUAGCAACACUGUGAAGACAAUCAUGGGAUCUUACUAGAAAAAAAAAAAAAAAAUUUAGAAGGACCACAAACCCCGUGUUUUCAAUGAUCAGAGGAGAAUCAAAAAGACGUUUUCCAAAUAUAAAGGAUUUGUACUCGUGGAUC